GCCGCAAUGACAGACACCGCCCAUGCACCCAUCGCCAUCAUAGGCAUGACAUGCCGCUUCAGCGGAGACGUCACCAAUCCAUCUAAGCUAUGGGAACUCUGCGUCUCCGGAAGAGAUGGACAAACGCCCAUACCAGAAGAUCGCCUCGACGUUAGAGGGCUGUACCAUAGAGACAAAGGCAGAGUUGGCGGAAGUAGCGUCAAGGGCGGAUACUUUAUGAAACAAGAUAUUUCCUUAUUUGAUGCUGCUUUUUUCAACUUAAAGUCUGAUGCUGCUGCUCUCGUUACCAUUCAUCAAAAUCAGGCUCUUGAUCCGCAGGAAAGGUUCCUGCUUGAAAUAGUCUACGAGGCAACCGAAGAAGCCGGCAUCCCCAUUGAGAAACUCGCAAGCACAAACACUUCAAUGUACACGGGCACCCUCAACAAAGACUACCAUGAGAUACAAAAUAAGGACGCAGAGAUACUUCCUCCUUCUUCUCUGUUCGGAACGGGCACCGCAAUGCUGUCAAACCGUAUAUCGCAUUUCUUCGAUCUCCGAGGGCCCAGUAUAUCCGUAGACACAGGCGAUUCUGCCUACAUUGUUGCCUUCCACCAAGGAUGCCAAAGUAUUCGCUCCGGCGAAAGCGACAUGUCGAUCGUUGGAGCAGCCAACAUAUUCCUUGGCCAGGACGACUUCAUCGGUAGAGGGGAGGGAGUUGCUGCCUUGAUACUCCAUCCCCUUGAUGCUGCAUUGAGAGAUGGCAACCAAGUCCACGCAGUUAUUAGAGACUCUGGAUUGCACCAAGAUGGCAAGACCACAGCCAUGACUUCUCCUUCAGUAGACGCCCAAAUUCAGCUUAUCCGGGACUGUUACAAACGUGCAGGCUACAGGAUGGAGGACGCAGGCUAUGUAGAAGCCAACUUCACUGGAACGGUUCCUGGGGGGCCUAUUGAGGCUGAAGCCAUUGCCAGAACCUUUGGCAAGAGCCGUGACGAAACAGACCCUGCCAUUAUCGGCUCUGUGAAUACAAACCUUGGCCACACCGGGCCUGUCAGCGGCAUCGCUGCUCUCAUCAAAGCAGUCUUUGUCCUCAAGCAUAGGGUUAUCCCUCCCAAUCUCAACUUCGAAAUUGCGAGCCCAAAUGUAAAAGUGCCAACAGUUGCAAUGGCUUGGCCCCUAGAUAGACCACUGCGUGUCUCGGUCAACAAUUUUGAUGACGACGGAACCAAUGGUCAUAUCAUCCUAGAUCUACCUUCAACCAACAGGGAUCCAAGUGUCAGCAUUAAUUCCCUCAGCCACAUCAACGGCCAUUCGAACGAUACCGGAAACACGAGCAAUCGAUCACUCGUAUAUUUGCUGAGCGCCAAAGACUCCACCGCAUGCAACACCAUGAUGCAUCGAUUUGCUCACCAUAUUGUCAAGUCGCGGCCAAAGCCGGAAGACCUAGCUUUUACUCUGGCCGAGAGACGGUCAAGACAUUGCUGGGUAGCCGCAGUUCGCGCCAGGAAUAUCGAUGAGUUAGCCGCUGGCUUGCUCAGCCCGACGAGAAAGCCAUCCAAUACACCUCCUGAGUUGCCGGACCUCGGCUUUGUUUUCAACGGACCAGAUACACAGUGGCACGCGAUGGGUCGAGAGCUCAUUGAGGGGUAUCCAAUAUUUGGCCAGCGUAUUCGCGAGGCAGAUGACAUCUUGAGAGAAUAUGGAGCCUUGUGGUCAUUGAAAGAGGAACUUAUGCGAGAUAAGAUCACGACCCGCGUGGCCGAGAUAUCACUCAGUCAACCCAUCAGCGUUGCGAUACAGCUCUGUCUUGUUGAUCUUUUAGAGUCGUGGGGCAUCGUACCUACUGCUGUGACUAGUCACUCCAGCGGCGAGAUCGCGGCCGCAUACGCAGUCAAGAUCCUGUCCUUCAAAGAGGCUCUCGGCGUCGCAUAUUUCCGCGGUGAGCUAUGUUUCCAAGAGCAAAAGUUACACUCUCUCCGGGGCGGCAUGAUUGUAGCUGCAGUAAGCUCGGCAGUCGCUGAAAAGUAUAUCGCGAGCACAAACACAUCAGGUGGGCAAGUGGUCGUAGCCUGCAUCAACAGCCCAUUCCACGUUACAUAUUCUGGUGCUUUGGAUACUCUCGACGAGGUUGCUAAUAACUUGAAGAACGACGACAUAGUCAUGGGAAAGCUCAAGGCCCCGAUGGCAUAUCACUCUCAUCACAUGAGGCAUGUGGAAAAGGAGUACAUUGAAAAGCUUCGGCCUAUCCUUGGGGCUUCAACGAGAAAGCAAACGGGCUGUGAUAUUACCAUAAUAUCACCAGUUACUGGAGAGCAAGCUAGCCCCUUCGGUUCUCCUGAGUCCUGAGCAUUGGGCUCAAUAUGACCGGCCCAGUCCUCUUCAGCCAGGCAUUCAACAAUAUGAUUGGCAACAUUGAUAUGGUUGUGGAAGUCGGAGCUCACAGCAAUCUCGCAAUCCCAAUAAGACAGAUCCUAAGAGAUCGAAAUAUUG